GGGGAGUGGGACGAACUGGUGUCCUCCUUACUUCUGUCAUGUUUUUAUUCGGAUAAAAAAAGAAGAUUGUGUGCUGAACAAGCAUUGAGAAGACCUGCGACUGGUGUUUAAACUCCUUCUUCUCUUAUAAUGCAAUGAUACAAUAUGGACAAACUGCCCUGGAACAGAUAGACAGUGAAGUACAGAGGAAGAUUGAGGUGGUUUAACACAGACAAAGCACUUAUCACUACACACACAAGACGUCAUGUCCACCCCGAUAAGGCAGGAGAGAACCAUUUGUGUUCUCCUCCCCAACAAGGAGCAGCUGGACAUCACUGUCGGGCCAAAAUCCACUGGGCAGGAUGUUUUUAAUCGUGUGGCAGAGCUUCUUGGAAUCAAGGAGCUGCACUUCUUUGGCCUCACAGUGGUGCAGGACAAUGAGCACAUCUUUUUAGACAUGGAGGAGAAGCUGACUAACUACUUUCCUAAGGAUUGGAAGCAAGAUUCAAGAAAGGGAAUACAGAAGAGACCCUUUCCUCUAGUGCUGUGCCUCAAAGUGCAGUACUACAUAGAAAACGGCAGACUCUUUUGUGAGCGUAAGGCACGGCACCUUUACUACUCCGACUUGAGGGAGCGGGUGCUGCGCUCUGAGUGCCGUCAGCAGGAGGAAGUUUACUUCCAGCUGGCAGGGUACGCCCUGCAGGCUGACCUCGGUGACCAUCCGCUGCCCAGGGAGGAUCUGGAAAACACUCCUUACUUUGAACCCAAGGAAUACUUUUCCCCUUGGAUUUUAGCUAAGCGUGGAGUAAGCUAUCUCCUCUGCCAUGGGCCAAAGGUGCAUCAGGAGCUGUGGGGCAUGUCUUCUCGGGACGCCAUGCUGCUCUUCAUCAGGGAGUCCUGUCGACUGGAGGAUGUACCCGUCACAUUCUACAAACUGCAAAAGGACAAAAGGGCGGAGAAAGGAACGGCAUUGCUCGGUCUGACCCUGCGAGGAAUGCAGGUUUAUCAGGAGGUGAACAACAUGCGACAGCUGCUGUACGACUUCCCCUGGUCAAAUGUUGGACGUCUCACCUUCCUGGGUAAGAAAUUUGAGAUCCAGCCAGAUGGUUUGCCCUCAGCCAGGAAGCUGGUUUACUUCACCGGGUCAUCGUUCCGCUCCCGACACCUCCUCCUGCACCUGAGCAGCAGCCACCGCCUCUACCUCAGCCUCCAGCCGGCCCUCAAACACCUCCGCCAGCUGGAGGAGAACGAAGAUAAAAAGCGUUACAGAGAGUCCUACAUCAGUGAUGACCUGGACAUGGACCCCCCCGGCAGUGAGAGCAGCCCUGGUCUGUCCCGGCACUCCACCAGCAGCUCUGGGAUCGAAGCGGACGCCCGCCAACACAGCAUCUCCCCAGAGAUGGCCUCCAUGGAGGAGGAGGGUCAUCGGAAGGCAGAAAGGUGUUUCAGCUCAACAGCCAGCCACGGCAGCUCCUGCACCUCUGGGUUUGACGCAGGCUGUAAGCCUCGGAUAGAGGAUGAGGGAUGGCAAGACGAAGAAAACAAGAUUGACAUUGGAAGUCCAGACGAGGUUCUCGUGGAUGAUCCUUAUGAGAUGUUCCAGUUGGCUGAUCUUCUUGAUGGAGUGUCAGUGGAUUGUUCAGAUCUCUCCUCACCAGAAAACAAGGCGUGUCCCUCAGACAGUGAUGAAGAACUCCAGAAAUUACAGAACAAGGAUACGUUAACAUCGACACUGACGUCUAAGGCACAGAUUUGCGUGGAUCGGCACAGCCAGAGUCUGGAUGAUGUACGUCUGUUCCCACCUCCGGCACCCCUUGGGACCACACUGCCACCCGAUUCCACCGUCAGCUAUAUGUUUGGCCUACCAGAUGCCUCAAUAAACACAAAGACCCCUGUUGACCACAGUUUGUACCCCCUUUUGCACUGCAAAGCUAUACCUUCCUUCUAUGGCCGCAGGUCUUCAAACUGCCUCUCCCUGGACAUGUUAGGGGACGAACAGAUCCUGGAAUUCAUUCUUUGAGACCUUGCUUGUCCUCCAUUUACAAAGCAACUGAACUCGUAGGUUGGCAACACAUGCAUUUAUGUGGUGAUGAUGACAACGUGGGAUGUGUGUUUCAAAUUUGAGUGAGACAUUAUGGAAAAUUACGGGACCAAUCAUUCUUCUUUAAAAGCUUUGGAUAAGAGAACAGAGAUUUAAUUCAGCAGCAUUUAAUUCAGUAUAAAUGGAGCAUAUUUAUUAAUUUUGUAUAUUUGUACAUACUACCUGCACUGUUUUAUUACAUUUCAACUUUGCUGAGCAACAACAUUUCCAAGCAUUUAAUUGUGUUUUAUACGUUUUACAUACUUUUUUUAAGGAAUUGUCUGAAUAGGUUAAUGUCUGGUGCAUAAAGUUCGUCAUUAUAUAUUUUUAUGAUUUAAAGGCCAUACAUUUGACAUUCAUAAAAUGGGAAUUACUCUUCCUUGAAACACUUUAAAACUUUUGGUAAUGUUUGUGUAUAACUUUAUCCUGGUUUUUUUUAAAUCAUAUUUUAUAAUAUACUCUAUUUUUGUACAGUGUGCUCUGUCAUGCUUUUCCUUUUAGUCUGCCUUAGCAAUGUAGCUGCCGAAGUGGAAAAUUGAGCCUCUUUACAGCUGGUAUUGCAUUCAUCCAAAGCUUUCCUAUUAUAUACUCUCCCCUGUCAUAAUUACAACAGAAAGUACUCUUUGUAAAGCACUAUUUCUGUAACCAGUGUAUAAUGAAUCUGCAGUAUUUUUCUAUUUCUUUCUGUCAUUUUUUUCUCUGACAUUGUUUUGUAAAAGAUAAUAAUUGGUAUUCAAAUAACUGAUGUCAUUAGCCACUUGGAAAGUUAUUUAACACAUACAAACUUCUCCGCAAUGACUAUAAUGUAUAAACAACUGUCAGUGUUGAGUCACAAAACUGAACAAUUAAUUAUUUUUAAAAGCAAUGUUUUUAUAAUGGUGAAAAUAAAAUGUCAACUAAAGAAACCACAUGUCUUCAGUUGUGUUGUACUGUU